GAAAGAACGAAUCUCUGUGUGGUGCGCGCGAGAACGAGAGCCCUGUCGCUGAAGCUGAGCGGGCAUGUUUUGGAUUUCCGGAGAUCAAUGAGCGAAGCCUGGGAUAUGGAUAGGUGUUAAGCCUAAGAUAGUUGUUAAUUUAUUUCUGUCGCCAUUAUUAUUAUUAUUAUUAUUAUUAUUAUUAUUAUUAUUAUUAUUAUUGUUGUUGUUGUUGUUGUUGUAAUAAAAAGCAUCCAGGGAGGGAAACUGCACUAUUAAAACUGGUUAAAGAGAAAGCAGAACAGAAGCAGAAGGACCAUAAUGUGAACUGUGAGUGUGCUCGACGGAAAAGCGGAGCGGAGGAUAACAUUUUAGAAGGGCUACACAAGGGUGAUAGUGGGUAGAAAACUUGGAGAAAGAAAAACAACGUGGACGAGAGCGAAAAGAGAAAAGAAGGGAGAGAAAAGUCUCGUCUUCGCUGUUGUCGGUUCAGCGCCAUGAAUCAUGAGUAACGACAGUAACGGAGUUGGAGGGCUUCAGCCUCUCUGGAACAUCAAUGGCUCAUUGCUCAACCAAACGACUGACCUGUUCUCCAACACAUCGUGCAACAUAUCCACCAAUGAUUCAACAUCCUGUUCUGCUGUUGACAGUGGAGUGGGAACUGGAAGUCCAUACAAAGCUUUGGAGAUGUUUUUUAUUGCUAUGGUUACAGGAUCGUUGAGCUUUGUGACUGUUACAGGAAAUAUUUUAGUCAUGCUCUCCAUCAAAGUAAACCGUCACCUACAAACUGUCAAUAACUAUUUCCUAUUUUCAUUAGCAUGCGCUGACUUGAUCAUCGGUGUUUUCAGUAUGAAUUUGUAUACAGUCUACAUUAUUGUUGGCUACUGGCCACUUGGGCCGGUGGUCUGUGACUUGUGGCUAGCUUUAGAUUAUGUUGUGUCAAACGCCUCUGUGAUGAAUCUGUUAAUUAUCAGCUUUGAUCGCUAUUUCUGUGUUACCAAACCCCUUACGUAUCCAACAAGAAGGACAACUAAGAUGGCAGGAUUAAUGAUUGCAGCAGCUUGGAUCCUGUCAUUCAUCUUAUGGGCUCCUGCCAUCUUGUUCUGGCAGUUCAUCGUUGGGCAGAGAACAGUGCCACCUGGAGAGUGUUAUAUUCAGUUCCUUUCUAAUCCUGCAGUGACAUUUGGAACAGCAAUAGCAGCAUUUUAUCUCCCUGUCAUUAUCAUGACAGUGUUAUACAUCCAUAUCUCCCUGGCCUCAAGGAGCAGGGUUUCCAAACACAAACCAGAGAAGAAAGACAAGAAGGGAAUGAAAACUCCCUGCCUAAUGAAGAGUCACCUGUUGAAGCAGAACAACAACAAUGAGACCAGUCCUCAUGCCAGUCCCCACUCAACUCCAAAACUCAGUUUGGAUUCAACUACCACUGCACUGGAUGCUGUGAAGAAUGGAAAAGUGGAUGAAUCAAAACCUGCUGAGCCUCAGCCUCUGGCACAGCCAAGUUCAGGACUCACACAGGAAGAAAAAGAGAGCUCCAAUGAUUCAUCCACAGCUUUUAUUCCCCCCAGAGAACCAAAGGACAAUUCCAACAACAAAAUAACGUCUGAGGUGCUAGCAAACCCCACUCCAGUACCGACAACAACCAAUUCUGCCAUCCACAAGAUCAAUCCCUCUUCAAGGUGGUCCAAGAUAAAGAUUGUGACAAAGCAGUCUGGGGAUGAAUGCAUCACAGCUAUAGAGAUCGUUCCACCUGUAGAUGGAGCUGAGAGGCAUUCAAUCCCAAUCAGCCGUCCUCGAACUGUGGCAAGAAAAUUUGCAAGCAUUGCUAGAAGCCAAGUGAGAAGGAAAAGACAGAUGGCUGCCAGAGAAAAGAAAGUAACCAAGACUAUCUUUGCCAUCCUGCUGGCUUUCAUCAUAACAUGGACACCGUAUAAUGUGAUGGUGUUGAUCUCAACCUUCUGCCAGUCCUGUGUCCCUGACACAGUGUGGGCAAUUGGCUACUGGCUGUGUUAUGUCAACUCUACUAUCAACCCAGCUUGUUAUGCACUGUGCAAUGCCACAUUUAAAAAGACUUUCAAGAACCUGUUGCUAUGCCAAUAUAAAAAUAUAGGUACAAGAUAAGAUAGAAGGAGGAGAUUUGAGAUAGGAUGGAAGGCAAAGCUGUAAAUCAUUUCAAGAAGUUGCGUGAAAGAAAAAUGAAGGAACUGAAUAAAGAAUAGCAGAACUGG